CUCAGUCGCCUCCGCCACGUUCAGCGGACACACAACAACCUGUUCGCAGCUGCGCUCUGUCCGGACGCCAGCGUCUCUCCUCCUAACCUUUCCACCAUGAGUGUCGUGGGCUCUGAGAAUGUCUUUCUGUCCGCCCUGCAGCCCCACACAUCCGUCACCACUUACGGGCUCCCGUCUGAGGUCCGCCUCGGGAAUGGGGGCUCCGCGUCGGACGAGGUGUCCAGAUCGCGGCGGGUCCAGCAGCAGGUCCAGAUGAGACUCGCGGAGAAGUCCACACUUCCGCGUCAGAAUGGAUCCGCCUUGCAUUACGCCGCGUCAGAAUACGGUGGCACUUCAUCAGUGAAAUAUCACACCUACAACCCCAACUUCAGCUCAAAGUCCUCCUACAUGACCUCCGGCUCCAGAACAUUGCCUCAGGCUCCUCGUGUAUCCCAGUCAGGCUUCAGCGCCCGGUCCGCCGGCCCAGAUAUGGCCCAAUUCCACAGGAUCAGUAUUGGAGGUGGUGGAGCAGGAGCUGGUGGUGGUGGUGGUGGUGGUUUUUACAGAGAGGACAUGCGCAUGGGCAGCUACCAGGGCAACACCAAUACCCAGCCCCGAAUGGACUCAGAUACCCUCUCUAUGCACACGAUGCGGCAGCAUUCCCAACCUACGUUUCCCUGGAUGGUCGAUGCCAGCGACGCCGGAAGCUUAGUCUCGGACCGGGACGCCAUCUACAACCACCAGUACAGCCAGGGCACAGUAAACGGCUAUAGCAGCCAGAAGAGGCAAGGAGGAGGCGGCCUGGCCUACGCGCCAAGCAUGCAGCGCUCACUCAGUGGCACUCUUUCCCGUGUCGGAGGGAUGGCAGGAGGGGAUGCAGAGAUCGUUCACCAACAGUCUUUCAAAGGCCCGGCCCACCGCACCAUCAACAGGAUUACAAACCGAAACCGCCUGAGCAUGGGCUCCGUGUCUGGGAGCUCCUACGGUAGAGGAGGGGACAUGGUGGACAGGGGCUUCAUCGGUUCUGGAGUGGGCUCGGCUUCCCAGGGGAACCUGAUCAUGCCGCGUCAGGGCACCCUGUCCCGCGCCAUGUCAACCAAAAGCAUUCAGAGUUGCGGCCGGGGGAUGGACAUCUUCAAUGGGCAGAUGGAGAUGGGAGCCAGCAUGGCCAACCUCAGCGGGAUCACCUCCUUGGAUAUGGCCACAGCUAUACAGCACCUGAGGGAGCCCGACCAUGAUUUACAGGUCCUAGGUGCCGCCUACAUUCAACAUGAGUGUUACAACGACAACGACGCCAAACAAGAGGUGCGUCGUUUGAAGGGCAUCCCUGAGCUGGUGAGGCUCUUCAACAGUGACAACCAGGAAGUGCAGCGCUACGCCACUGGCGCCACACGCAACCUCAUCUACGAGAGCAUGGAAAACAAAGUGGCGCUGAUCGACGAGGGCGGCAUCCCGCAGCUGGUCGAGGGGCUCAAGGAGAACGACGACGAGCUCCACAAAAACAUCACAGGUAUUCUGUGGAACCUUUCAUCCAAAGACAACCUGAAGGAGAAGCUGGCCCGGGAGACGCUUCCUGAGUUGACCGAGAAGGUCCUCAUCCCUCUGUCCGGCGGCGGAGACACUGAGGACAUCUAUCAGUCCGCCUCCGAGGCCGACAUCUACUACAACACCACGGGUUGCCUCAGGAAUCUGAGCUCUGUGAACGAGAAGACCCGUCAGCAGAUGAGAGAGACCCACGGACUGGUGGACUCUUUGGUCGCCUACAUCAAGUCCUCCCUCGACCAGAACAAGGCAGAAGACAAGGGGGUGGAAAACGCAGUGUGCGUCUUGCGGAACCUCUCCUACCAGCUCUACAGUGAGAUGCCUCCAUCUGCCAUGAUGCGCCUGGAAGGACCGACCAGGGAUCAGGACUCAGGGAUGGGCGAGGCCAUUGGUUGCUUUACACCCCAGAGCAGGAAAGCUAAAGACAGAAAGCCCCAGGAUCUCUCCACUUUCAGCGAGGUGGCACGGGUGCCGAAGGGCGUGGACUGGCUGUGGCACCCUCAGAUAGUCGGGUUGUACAACCGCGUGCUGCAUCAGUGCGAGAUCAACUCCACCACCCGCGAGGCAGCUGCCGGAGCUCUGCAGAACAUCACAGCCGGAGACAAGCGGUGGGCGUCAGUACUGAGCCGGUGGGCUCUGGAGCACGAGCGCAUUAUGCCAACGCUGCUGGACCUGCUACGUACCAACAAGGACCUGGAGCUGCGUUCCCUCACAGGCCUCCUCCGAAAUCUGUCCCGCCAUGCCAACAACAAGGACGACAUGGCAACGAAGGUUGUAAACCAACUGGUGACCAAGCUGCCGGACGAUGAGCACCAGAAGGAGCCGUCCAGCGAUGUGGUGGUGAACAUCUGUGGUAUUCUCAACAACCUGGUGACGGGCAGCCAUUUAGCAGCCAGAGACAUCAGCUUUCACAACGGCCUGCCCAAACUGGUCGCCAUCAGGAACUCGACCGGCAGCAGCGCUGGGAAGAUGAAAGCAGCCAAGGCAGCAUCCACAGUUCUCACCAACAUGUUCCAGUACAAGAAACUGCACAAAGACUACAAAAAGAAAGGGUUCGUAAAACAGGAUUUUGCUGAUUUGCUGAUUUAAAACAAGUCCGACAGGUGAUGUGUUGCACGUCCACUUCUACCAGCAUUCUAUGGGAGAGCAGUAAAUAAACUCUUCAUUCAAUCCAAAGAUAAUACAUUUUUUUUAUAAUAAGAACCCACCAGUGAUAGAGGAUCGACCCGCUGGAAGAAAAGAGUUUCUGUCUAUUUUAAAAGUCAAUGGACUUUUGUAAGAAAUGUGGUCCAGCUAUGACGGACUAUCGAUGGACUCUGAUACAAAUGUGUGCACCUUAAACUCUCUUUGUUGGAGCUGUGUGUGUGUGUGUGUGUGUGUGUCUGUGUGUGUGUUUAGUGCAGAAUCAGGGAUUUUUUUUCUUCAGGGCUGUGUAUCCAGAUAAAAUCCAAACAGCUGCCCUUUCUAAAAAACUUUUGUUAAACUCCUAAAUGAGAAAAUGCUGGACACUUGUGCCUUUUUCUUCUCAUUGCACUUAUUUCAUAGCAUUAAAUGUCGGUACUAACGUGGCAUUCUUCUUGUAAAUAAUGCUUCCUCUUUUACACAGAAAUCAAUGUUUGAAUAAGUGUAGCCUUGUACUUUUUGGACAAAUGUGUGUAUUAGUGUCAAAAUUAUAACGUGUAGUUAUAAGUGAAUGUACGUCACAGGAGAUCUCUAGAUAUACCGUUUGCAGAGAUGUAAAUAGAUAUUAAUUCAGAAAUCUGGGGAUAAAGAUUGUGCCUUCUAAGUGGACCUUUGUAUUUAGUUGUGGGCUUUUUCUAGUUGCAAAAUCUGUCUUGUCGUAUGAAAUGCUGUGUGAUCACAAUUUUAAUGAGAACUCAUAAAGUAACAUCAAAACUCUCUCCUUCUUGUUUUAUAUAACUGCUGUUCAUCUAAUGUAAUAAAUGGUGCGAGUGUGAAUCACAGGGGUGGAAGGACACAGUCUUACCUUUGUUGACAGAACAAAUGCAAUAUUUGUUUAGUGUAUGAGACCAAUUUCAAAAUGUAACACUUUUCAGAUUGAAUUUAUUUAGAUUGGAAAAAUUAAAUUUAUAUAAAGCGACUUGUGCAAGUUCAUUUAGAGAAAAUAAGCGUUACUAAAGUGUGUAUGUUUCUGUGUUGGCGUUUUGAAAAAACACUGAGUUCUCAUAUUUGCUUUUGCGUUGUAUUCAGGCACGUGUAUCAUCUGGAUCUUUUUCAGCUAAUAAAGAGAAAAUGUGGAAAUGAAA